GCACGGCAAACUAUCUCCAUUUUUCUGAGGCGUGCCGCACGUUGAUGCGUUGACCCAACGAACGACAACAAAUCGCGCGGUGAAGUGAAGACGGAAGUGGCAUUUUUCUCUUUUUUUUUCACUCCAUCGUUUCACGCUUGUACUUCUGUCUGUCGUUGGGCGACGAGCACGGAAGUGUGAUGGGGAAGACGAUAACUGGCAAAGCCGCCGCCGUGUGCACGGCGGUGGCGUUUGUUCUGGUGGUGAUCGCGUUUACCACACCCAAUUGGCUGGAGACCGACGGCAAGCUCGACAAUCCACAAUUCAUCAAGAUUGGUUUGUGGCAAGUGUGUUUCCAAGGUUUUCAAGAUCCACGUCAUCUCUAUGAUACCAGGUUCUACGGUUGCUGGUGGGUGUUUGAGGAGGAGUACUACAUCAUACAUGACAUACUUCUGCCCGACUUCUUUGUCGCCACUCAGUUCUUCUUCACAUUGUGUAUGACUCUGCUGCUGAUUGGGAGCUUCCUAACUAUUUUAUACACCUGCUGCUCCCGUCAUCAUGAGAAGUAUCAGUUGCUACUAUGGGUGAAUGGUGGCAUUCUCACUCUGGCUGGUAUGUGUGGUGUCAUAUCAGUCAUCAUAUUUGGAGCCAGGGGCGACGGUCGCGAUUGGAUGCCCAAUUGGGAGCACAAUGAUAUCAGCUGGUCUUUCGCUUUGGCCGUCGUCGGCAGUGUUAUUCUGAUAGUCGCCGGCACUCUGUUCCUGAUUGAAGGACGUAGGUACAGGAAGAAACAGGAACGGAUACUGAAUGAUGAACAAAAAACGCAUACUACUAUUUAGCAUAUUUUUUAACAAAUCUCAAUAUAUAAGACAUGAGUAUUAAGAUCGCUGCAAAGGCAGGCAAUAAUCAUCGAGUUCAGAUCACGGAAGAAUCUCUCUGUGGAAGCUAGUAAUUUUAUAUUGUUAUAUCGACACUUUUAUUAUAUGAUAUCUAUAAGUAUAUCACAUGAUAUACCUAUAAAUAUGUGAUAGAUAUAAAAGGAAAGAAAGAGAGAGAGAGAUAACGAUUUAUAUAUACACAAAAAAUUGAUUAAUAUUGAAUCACACGUUCUGAGGUUAUUUUUUUUAUGUUGAAAAGUCGAAGAUCUAUAUAAAAUAUUUUCUAUAACAUUCAAGAAUUUUAAAUGGUAUUAAGAUUCAAGAAUUUUAAAUGAUAUUAAGAUUCAAGAAUUUUAAAUGAUAUUAAGACGCGUUUUGAAAGUCGUUGGAAGUUUGUCUCACGUGAGAUACACGGAUUAGAAUUUAGAGUUAGGUCUGAGUUCAGUUGAAUCGCAUACACGUGGCAUUAUACGAACAAUCGUAAUUUAAUUGAAAAAUUCAUAUCUAACUCAAAGUUAAAACCUGAGUAUAAACUUAAGCCUUACUUGAGAUAAGUUUUAAGUAACAACUAUUAAUCUAUUAAUGUAAACGCGUCCACAUCGCACAUAUCUAGAAUUAAUCCGUCCAUUAUAUAGUUCUAAGAGUAUGCUCAUAGAAACUAAUUUUUGUACAUGUAUAUAAGUACAGGGUGAUCAAUAUGAAUCAAACAUAUAUAUAUUCGCAUACCCUCUGUACGCAACAGAUCAAUAAAAUAAUUUUUGUUAAGA